UAAAUAGGGGAGAGUGGGGAUGAAUGGGACGGGGGAUGAAUGGGACAAUUGAAUUUUUUGUGCCUAUAUAUUGUUUCAAAUGUUUGAUACUUCACUUAGCAGAUGGCAGCACCCAGCCUAAUUUACAGACUAACACCAAAAUCAAAAGCUUGCAUGCUUGUUUGAACAGGACCUCAAAGUGUGUUUUUCUAUAUCAAAAGAUGCCUCGAAACUGGAAAAAGAAAACAGAUAGAGUAAGAGCUUCGAUACCCACAAUUAAAGAAGCUGUCAAUGAAGUGCUUACAAAAGGAAUGUCGAUAAGAAAUGUUGCAAAAGCUUUUAAUAUGUCAAAAUCAACAUUGAGUCGUCAUGUGACAGUAGCAAAACAGAUUCCUACUACAGAAUCGUAUGAGCCCAACCCAGAUAUUGGUAAUAGAAGAAUAUUUUCAGUUAAUGAAGAAAAUGAACUGUGUGGGUAUUUGAAAACCUGUUCCCAAAUGUGCUAUGGGUUAACAACUAUUCAAACAAGGAAACUUGCAUUUGAAUUUGCCAAUUUCUUGGGAAAGGCGCCCGUUGCAUGGCAAGAAAAUGAAAUUGCUGGUAAAGAUUGGUUGUCAGGAUUUCUAGAUAGACAAAGAGAAUUAUCUAUCCGCACCCCCGAAAGUACGAGUCAGGCAAGAGCAUGUAGCUUCAACAAAAACAACGUGUCCAUUUUUUUCCAGAAAUUAGAAGGUCUGCUGCAAAAAUAUAAAUUUGAACCAGCAGAUAUUUAUAACUGCGAUGAAACAGGCUUAAGUACAGUGACUGAAUGUCCUAAAAUUAUAGCUACAAAAGGAACAAAACAAGUUGGCCAAAUUACAUCAGCAGAACGGGGGCAAUUAGUUACGAUGUUAAAUUUCAUAAAUGCCAUUGGAAAUACAAUCCCACCUGUUUAUGUUUUUCCUCGGGUUAAUUUUAAGAAUUUUAUGAUUGAAAAUGGACCAUCAGGAAGUUUAGGUCUAGCUCAUCCAAGUGGCUGGAUGACUGCUGAAAAUUUUCGGAAGUCAAUGGAACAUUUUGUCAAAUACACCAAAUGCACUAAAGAAAAACCCGUAUUAUUGAUAAUCAUGACAGUCAUGUUAAUAUUCCAGUCAUUUCCUUUGCAAAAGAGAAUGGUGUUGUGAUUUUAACAUUUCCUCCACAUUGUACACAUCGAAUGCAACCACUGGAUGUCGCAGUUUACAGUGCCUUCAAAAUGAAGUAUCGCAUUGCGCAAAAUAACUGGAUGACAAACAAUCCAGGAAAGACCAUGAGCAUUUAUAACAUUGCUAAGCUUUCGAAUGAAGCAUUUACAUUUGGAUUUUCAAAAGAGAAUAUAAUUUCUUCUUUCAAUAGAACUGGCAUAUAUCCCUACAAUUCAGAAAUUUUCUCUAAUACCGACUUUCUUGCAGCCUUGGUGACAGAUAGGCCUAUAGCCAGCGAAGUCCCAACAGAACCAUGCUCAAGUCUUUCUGGACCACCUGAAGAAAUUUCUGUGUGUUCACAAAGUCCUCUCACAGGUAUUCGACCAUACCCAAAGGCCUCUCCCAGAAAGGCAGGGCGUAAAGGAAGAAAACGAGGAAGGUGCCGUGUGCUGACAGAUACGCCAGAAAAGCUAGUUAUUGAACAACAAGAGAUGGCAAAAGUAAAGAAAUUUAGAGUGUCAAAGAGUAAAAAGCCAAGAAAGGGAUUUAAAAGGCUGCAAUUUAGUAGUUCUGAAUCCGAUGUAGAUGAUCCUGUUUAUUCAAACAGUACAGAUGAUGAAAUUAAUAUGGAUUAUGAUCCUGUCCUUGACAGUUUAGAGAAAGACAUUAAUAUCGGAGACUACCUGCUAACAAGAGUAGCUGGUAAAAAAGCUAUUCACUUUUAUAUUUCUGAAGUAUUAAAUGUUAGUUCUAAGGACGAAUUUGAAGUAAAAUUUUUAAAACGAGUAGGAGCAAACAAAUUUGUUCACGGAAAUGAAAUUUCAGAUAUUUUGUUGUCGGAUGUCGAAUGCAAACUUCCCCAACCUAUCUCCACUGGUGGAUCAGAAAGGCAAAUAACUCAACUAAGUUUUCAAGUUGAUUUUAAUUCAUACAAUGUUAAAUAAAUUGUUAUUUCGUUUCUAUUUGAACUUUUCUAUUACUGAUGUUUUGUAUUUGUAAUAUUUUUACUUGUAAUACUUUUAUUUGUUAAU